AUGGUGCAGGAGGCUGAGAAAUACAAGGCAGAGGAUGAAGAAGUGAAGAAAAAGGUUGAAGCCAAGAAUGGCUUGGAGAACUAUGCAUAUAACAUGCGUAAUACCAUCAAAGACGACAAGAUCAGCUCACAGCUUCCUGCAGAUGAUAAGAAGAAGGUGGAGGAUGCAGUGGAGGAGGCAAUCCAGUGGCUGGACGGGAACCAGUUGGCAGAGGUUGAAGAGUUUGAAGACAAGAUGAAGGAGUUGGAAGGUGUUUGCAACCCGAUCAUUGCUCGAAUGUACCAAGGUGGUGCUGGUGGACCGGAUAUGGGCGGUAUGGAUGCUGACGGGCCUUCAGCCAACGGAUCAAGCGGAGGUGCUGGGCCAAAGAUUGAAGAAGUGGAUUAA